AAAGAAUAUUAUCUCGAAAAGUUCUUUCAUCCUUAGGCUUUUGUUGAACCUCUCGUACUCGAAGAAGGAGUGGAUCAUCUGUUAAAAUUAAGUGAAUACAGUUAAUAUUUAGUAAUCAAACUACCGGCAAUAAAAGUUAUAAUUCGAGUGUCUUUCACUCCAAUCAAAAACAUCAUUUCUAAAUCAAAAGUAUUGAGUAAAACAAAUUGUAAAUGUAAAGUCAAUAUGAAUUUACUAAAAGGCAUUGUGGCACACAGAGUUCCCUACACUACUAGUAUGAUCGCUAUGAUAAGGCGAAGCACAUACUGCAGUGGCGGAGAGACCGCGAGUAAAUGAGCACCAAAGAGUACCGAGGCAGCGGUGCUGGUUUCACUCAACGAAAUUCAAUAAGUCUGUUUCCUUCUACAGCCAAGGUAGGCUCUAAAAUAUUUCAAAGUUAAAAAAAAAACUCUUGAGCGUCAAAUCCUGAAAUAGUCGUACAAAUGGGUAAAUUGUCUCCCUCUCUACCCACAAUUUUUGCAGAAGUUAAGAACACAAUCAAAAUUGCAUCAGUUCAGUGAAAGCACGUCUUCUCUAUAACGCAAUUAUAGACCCUGCUAUCGCUGGUGUAGCGCGCAUUAGUACGACAACGGCCUUACGACUCAUCACAUUACAUUAGGUACUCAUAGAAGAGACGACGUCGAGCUACCGUGAAUUACCACUGCACUCAUUACAAUUAGUUCGAGUGCGUUGUUUCGCGGGUCGCCAUCGGACAAUUCGUCGGCAAACAUAUGUGAGCGUUCUGUUAUAUGGGGUAGCUAAAAAUAUGUGUGGAAUAUAUUUUAGGUCCUCGGCACUAUUUAUAAAUAAAAAUUAAUUAUAAAUCGCACGAAUAAAAUACUAUGGUUACUAAUAAUUGUGUUCACGUUCUCGCAGUCGUCCCCUUUGUAUUCCGCUUAAAAAAGAGAAAUCGCAUAAUACGGUUACCUUUAAACCGACGUUAAGAGGAAAUCAAAACAACAAUAAAAAUAUUAACAAAAAGUUAUAUUUCUUGUUUCAAAUAUUUAUUUAAAAAUUUUAACGUCUUUGGUUCUGCUUUGAGCUACUUUCCUCGUUUAUGUCGACGGCUCUCAAUCGGUCUCGUAGAAACAUCAAUUGCUCCUGCUCCGCAAUGCCAUCAUACAACUACAAACCGUAUAAGUUAUAUUUGAGGAAUGUGUAAUUCAACAAAAAAAAAAUUAUUAUUUAUAAAAAUAUCUUCCACACUGGGCUGCGAAGAGUUUUGCUAAGCGAUUAAUUAAGAUUUUAAUAAAACCGUAAUUACAAAGUAAGAAUGCUCUCUUCAAUUCCAAAUUAAGAUGAAAAUCGCUUGUACAACAUUAUUGAGCAAAAAAAGGUUUUAAAAAUCGCUUAGGCCAAGUCGAUUAAAUACUCUGGCAAACGCUAUUUCUUACCUGUUUUCCUUGAGGUUUGAAAAAUAAUUUACUGGCACCUAGUAUCUUGUGGGUUGGAAUCAGAGAAUCAAAAACGACCAUAAAUUAAACAACCAAACCAAUGGCAACACAACAACAGCGAUGCUAGUCUUUCAAACACGGACAAAGCCAAGCGCCGAUCGCAAAAAAAACUAUACUACGAAAUGUUAGAGUGUGUUUAGAAUAACUUGAAACGAAAUUAUAUAAUUAAAUUCUUUCAAAUUCUUUAAACUAAAAUUCUAAUCGCAAAAAGUCAUUGUUAUACCUACGAAUCAUAAAAAGUAAAAAUUUUUCAUUAAAAAUCUAGCUGUGUAAAGAGCAAAUAUACACCUAUACUACAUUAAAAAAGCCUACAAAACCAACAACUAUGCAGCUUCGUAGUUUAGUGCAGCACAAUUCGCACAGUAGAACGAUUACAGGCAGUCGGUGAAGCGCACAUGCUUUAUUAGUCCAAAAAUAAAUUUAAAUUUAAAUCAAAUAUAUAUAUAUAUAUAUGUAUAUGUAUAAAUAUUUUUAUUAAGUAGAAGCAGCAUUAGAAGCGUUAUGCAAUAAAAAAAAACUAAACAACAACACAUAUUGACAUAUAUAUAAUCGAUAUACACACACCCUUAAGGCAAAUAGCAUAAAUAAAGUAAUUGUAAUCAUAGCAUUAGUUAAUUAAAACGAAAGGGCAAAUUCGAGCGCUAACUAGUACGCAAAAUACUUUACAAAUACAUACAUAUACAUAAAUAGCAACAAAGCACGAGCUUCCUAGUAGAGACCUCAGCAAUUAAGAAAAUAUGAAAAGCGAAAAUUAACACACAACAAAAAGCGUAAAAAUAUUCAAACAACAAAGUACACAUAUUCAUUGCGUCACAUGCAGUUUUGUACAUAAAUCGAAAGAAAGCUGAAAUCUGACAGCUGCAAGGCAUCAUAUAAGCACAGAACCGCAUUACAUAACAUAUUGACAUAGUGAGUAAGAACCAUCAGCUUGUAAGAUAAACUCACGUAAUCACGCUUCAAUUGACAAACUGAGCGCACGCUUAAUUUAGAAAGGAGUAGCAACGCAAUCAUCAACUUCAAAGCUGUAGUGAGCCGACGCGCACAGCAUCAACAAUUGCCGACACGCCUACAAAGCCACCCACACAUAUACACAGCCACGAAACAGUUAUUGAACACACUCGCUAAAGUCCAAAGCAACCGUCCAAUUUGCGAGCCACAACGGUGUCAACGAAAUACAACCCACCAAACGACGGUUCAAGUUGGUGUAGUUGAGUUGGCACGAUCGAUUGCGAGAGCUUUACGCAGCAUUACUUCACUUAUGGCGAAAGAUCGUGUCCGGAGCGUUUAAAAUUUGCAAAAGAAACUUCAACACCAAUACGCAAACGAAGGAAGAAGAAGAAAAGCACACGAGCACAAAAAAUGGCGCUAAUUAUGGUAAAUAGACAGCGAUCCAGUCGCGAUUGCACUAUUUUGGCGAUCUUCUGUCUGCUCUUGGUGUGCACAACAACGCUUAGACUUGUCUACGGCGCUGAGACGCCGAACAACGGUAGCAUCAAUAAUUUGGAUGCCGUUGGCAACAAACCAAAUGAUGAUAAAGUGACUCGUAAUACGGACGUGGCGGGGGCAAACUCGGACGUGAGUGCUGUUGCUAAAGCCGGCGGUGCCGGUAGUGGUGGUGGAGGCGACGUGGCAGACGUUGGCGGUGACACACCGAAAGCAAAUCAGAAUAAUAAUAAUGAUGCUGUUGGUAGCAAUGAUAACGGUGUUGUUGAUGGUGAUGAUGAUGAUGAUGAUAAUGGUAAUGCUGAUGAUGCUAAUGAUGGCGAUAAUGUUACCGCCUUGUCGCAGCACAGCGGCAGUUCAUUGCAAUGCAAAGACGGUCUGGUGCUUAAAGUUUGGAUGCCAAUUGACAAUGUGAGUACCGGCGAUCGCGUUGCGCGGGGCCUUGUGUACUUCCUGGCGAUGACGUAUUUGUUCAUUGGCGUUUCAAUUGUGUCAGAUCGUUUUAUGGCGGCGAUUGAAGUGAUCACGUCCAAGGAGAAGGAGGUAGUUAUCAAGAAAAAGGGCGGCGAAACACAGGUGGUUGUGGUGCGCGUCUGGAACGAGACCGUUGCCAAUUUGACGCUGAUGGCGUUGGGUUCCAGCGCGCCGGAGAUACUCUUGUCCGUUAUUGAAAUGUUUCAGAAGGGUUUUGAAGCUGGCGAUUUGGGUCCGGGCACAAUUGUCGGCUCGGCCGCUUAUAACCUAUUUGUCAUUAUUGCCCUUUGUAUUGCCGUCAUACCGAAUGGUCAAGUGCGCAAGAUCAAACAUCUUCGGGUAUUCAUUGUAACGGCCGCUUGGUCUCUGUUUGCCUACGUUUGGUUGUACUUGAUCUUGGCGCAGAUUUCACCGGGGCGCGUCGAAGUCUGGGAGGGUCUAUUGACAUUCAUUUUCUUCCCCACUACCGUGCUGACGGCUUAUAUAGCCGACAGACGUUUGUUGAUUUAUAAAUAUCUUGACAAGAACUAUCGCAUGAAUAAGCGAGGCGUUAUUGUGAGCGCCGAGGGCGACGCCGUACUUGAGAUGAAUCGUCAUGAAAGCAUCAAGGAGCUGGCCGAGAAUGAAGAGAUGAAAGACUUCGAGGAUGCACGACGUGAAUACAUUUCAACGCUGAAAGAACUGCGUAAGAAGUACCCACAAAGCGAUCUGGAGCAAUUAGAAAUGAUGGCACAGGAGCAAUUGAUUAAUCGAGGCCCCAAAUCACGCGCUUUCUAUCGCAUACAAGCCACCCGUAAGAUGAUGGGCAGCGGCAAUAUAAUGCGCAAAGUGCAGGAGCGUGCUCUCACCGAUCUCAAUGAGGUGAAAGCACAGCUGCAGCGCGUCGAAGUGGAGGCCGAAGACGAUGAUACGACGGUACGCAUCUGCUUCGAGCCCGGCCACUACACUGUCAUGGAGAGUUGUGGUGAAUUUGAGUUGCGCGUUGUGCGUCGCGGUGAUUUAUCCGGUUAUACGACCGUCGAUUAUCAAACCGAAGAUGGUUCCGCCGAAGCCGGUAGCGAUUAUAUUGGUAAGAAGGGUGUACUCACAUUUCCGCCGGGUGUCGAUGAGCAACGCUUCAAAAUUGAAGUUAUCGAUGAUGAUGUUUUUGAACAAGACGAACAUUUUUAUGUGCGUUUAAGUAAUCCGUCGGAUCCGGCAAUACUAGCUGUGCCAAAAGUGGCCACUGUUAUGAUACUCGAUGAUGAUCAUGCGGGUAUAUUUGCCUUCAAUCAGAAGACGCAUGAUUUUGCUGAAUCUAUUGGCACAUACGAUUUGAAGGUGCAACGUUAUUCAGGUGCUCGCGGGAAGGUAAUCAUACCGUAUUGGACAGAGGAUGGUACUGGCAAGGCAGGCAAGGACUACGAACCAGUGCAGGGAGAGUUGGUGUUCGAAAAUAACGAAACUGAAAAAUUCAUUCCGCUGGGAAUCAUUGAGGAAGGCAGCUAUGAAAAGGAUGUGCUAUUCUACGUCAACAUCGGUGAACCCAUCAUUGCGCCAGAUAAUAGCAUUAAAACGGAAGCACUUAAAUUUCUAAACAAGUUUCUCGACGAUGAAAUGGUAGGACUUAUUGAGGCCGCCGAGAAGAAGGCACCGGAGGAACUAACGGAGGAGGACAAAAUGGCGUUACUGGGUCGUCCCAAGUUGGGCGAGGUGGUGCGUGCCGAGCUGCGCAUCAAGGAGAGCAAAGAAUUUAAGAACACUGUGGAUAAAUUGGUGCAAAGGGCGAAUGCGUCACUGCUGAUUGGCACAUCGUCGUGGAAGGAACAGUUUGCGGAUGCGUUGACGGUAACUGCUGGCGAUGAUGAUGGCGAAGGUGAGGAUGAUGGGCCUUCAUCACCUUCAUGCUUCGAUUACAUAUUGCAUUUUCUAACGCUCUUCUGGAAAAUCUUAUUCGCAUUCAUACCGCCAACAGAUAUUGCCAACGGUUAUGUGUGCUUUGUUGUUUCGAUAUGUGGCAUCGGCCUGGUGACAGCACUAAUUGGUGAUGUGGCAUCGCAUUUCGGUUGCACGCUCGGCGUAAAGGAUGCGGUAACGGCGAUUUGUUUUGUAGCGCUCGGCACCAGUUUGCCAGAUACAUUCGCCAGUAAAGUGGCCGCCAUACAGGAUAAAACUGCCGAUGCGAGUAUCGGCAAUGUGACAGGUAGUAAUGCAGUGAAUGUCUUCCUUGGUAUCGGUGUAGCGUGGACCAUGGCCGCUAUAUACCAUGAAUCGCAUGGACGGGCCUUCAAAGUGGAGGCGGGCACCUUGGCAUUCUCAGUGACACUUUUCCUAUCGGGAGCUGUGAUUGCCGUUUUCCUGAUAAUGUAUCGGCGUAAGAAAUCCAUUGGCGGCGAAUUGGGCGGCCCCUCACCACAAAAAUACAUACAUAGCGCCAUUUUCUUUAGUCUGUGGUUAAUGUACCUAAUAAUGAGCACUUUGGAAGCGUACGGAGUCAUCCAAGGAUUCUAAAGGAGCACAAAACAAAACGGUCACAGAUUGUAUGGAUAACUACUACUACAUACAUACUUACAUACAAACUUACCAACUUACUAUCUUCUUAAUAGCCAAAAACAAAAACUAAAUAAAUUGACAUACACAGACACACUCAUACAAGCAUAAAAAAUACAAAUUUAUAGGCAUCCAAUAUAUAAUAAGCCCACAUACAUACAUACAAGCGUUACUAAUGCAUAAGGUACAAUUUAAACAGCAAAUUUGACUUGAAUUAAAGUGGAAAUAAAAACUAUUUGCGAGUAAAAAAAAAACAUAAGUGCAAAAGUAUUUUACAGUAUAUCACAAAAAAAAUUUAAUUUAAAAUUUGUUUAGUAAAAAUUUAUUAAAUUAUAAUUACAAUUUGCACUGUCUUCAUAAAUAGUUAUAAAAAGGAAAAGAUUUAAGAAACCAAAAAUUUGUACUACAAGAUUGAUUAGGGGUUGAUAGCUCAGCUUACACGAUUUCUUAAAAAUCUGAAGUAAAAUUUCAAACUAACAAGAUCUAUGAUUACAAGUAUAGCAAGGUUGGCUUCAUUUUCAAAAACCUGUAGAAGAUUCCAUUUAGUUCUAAUACUUAGCCGACCGCAAAAUGAGCAUGCUAUGAAACAAUACACGAAAUACUUACGAAAUUCUUUUGAAUUUGGCUUGAGAGGAGCUUUAUGAAAACCUCUAAACAUUCGUAAUACUUUUAGAAAUUUUUAGGAAAUACUUAAAACCCUCAUGCUACAUGGAAAAAACUGCGUAAAAAAUAGAAGAGUGUAAUGUAAAGAGUUUUCUGCACUAAAGAUGUACAUUAAGAAGAAAUUGGUGUGAGAAAACAUUUUGAAACACACGCCUAACUUAAACACAAGAACUGAUCUUUAGUAUACAAGUAAUAUAUAUAAAUAAAAUAUAAUUCAAAAGCAUUAUAGAGAAAAAGAGAAUUCGUAAAUCCAGUCACCAUAAUUAAAUCCGUUUGUAGUAGUUUUGUUUAAGUGAAAAUCUCUUACCGAAGAUUUCCUUCAUACUAAUGGGCAUUUAAAAAAAAGUAACGAGAUAAAUAAGUAACACCACGCUUUUCAAUACCUUCGCUCUUUCAAAAUCGGCUCUCUACUAUUUACCUUUACGUACAUGCGCUCAGCUACACACCGGCUUAGGGGACAACAAAACAGUUUUUCCAUUUAAACAGUAACACUUUGUUUUGCAAUAGGCUUGAGUACGGUCAGUACGUUGCCGUUAGGAACUCCCUCCUUUUGAAUUCCAUCGUGAUGUUAAGCUUCUUUGAUGACACGAAAGUAUUUUUAUUGAGUUGGGCACUGUGUUGGACAGAAGAAAUCUUAAGCAAGUAGUUUUAAGCCGCGGUCGUCGAUGCAGCAAGACUUUAGAUGGAGCAAGACUUUAGAAGGAAAGCCGGAAAGUGUUUGCUGACUGUUAAACUUUUAGCGGGCCUUUGAAAUAUUUGUAAAUUGUGAAAGUUUUAUUUGGCUGAGACUAUCACCUUUUGUGAAAAAAAAUACUCACACAUAAAUCCAAUUUUCUAAAUCAAAUAUCUAAACCCAAAUUUCUCAAAACACAGAAGAAAUUCAACAACUACCUAAAGCUAAUAAAAAUGUAGGAUUAUCUGGCUUGAAAAUCAUAGCAAAUUUAAACGAUACAGGCACAAAGGAGGCAAAAUUUCUAACAAAUAAAGAAUAGUAACAAAAUUGCAGUAAGGUGGAAACCAUAAUUAAAGUAGGUGGCAGAACGAAUGUUAACAGGAAAAAGCAACAAAUAUACUAUUGAAAAACAUUACUAGCAGAGCAAAAUGCAUAGACAAAUUAGAAAGAGGGGAUUAGAGGAAAUAAAUAUAUAAUGAAAAGCAACAAUCAUAGAAUUUUUGCCUAAAAGGCCAGGCAACAUUUUAAGGAACAAUUACAUAAUUACAAGCAUGCAAGCAUAGAAGCAUAGAAACAUAGAAGAUGUAGGCUAAACACAUAGAUAAAGCAUAGUUAAAAGUAGUGAUUUGAAAAGAGAGCAAUAGCGCGCGAUAUUUAUGUAGCAAGGAUGUUGGGCGGACAUUUUACGCUGUGCCACAAUGCACAGUUAUACUGAAGUACUUUAAAAAUGUAAACGAAACAUCAAGUAUAAUUACAACAAUAAACAAAAGAGGCAAAAUAUGCAAUAAACUUGUAUUAUUAAAUUUAAUUUAUUUUUUAUAUAUAUUAUAAUGAUAAUAUACAUAUAUAUGUAAUUAAUAAUAUAAAUGCAAAUAAGUUAUGCCAUUAAAGAUAUACAAAAAAAAAAGAAAGCAAAACAAAAAAAAAAUACAGAAGAAAUAAGAAAAUUAAUACCAUACAGGAGAAGAAACAUAAAUAUUUGCAGAGCGAUAGCCAUUUUUAGAGAAAUUUUAUUGUUAUUGAUAUUAUUCUUACAUUUUAUAUGUAAUGUGUAUGUAAUGUUAAUUUAGUAACAAAUUAAUAAAUAAUGCGAAGAAAAUGCAAAGCUGUGGUGUUAAAGUAAGAAAAAAUAAGUACGAGGAAAAUGUACGACUUCACUUUAACGAAUCGACAGCGAAGAGAGGAAAACAUUUUUUAAUAAAAAAAGAAAAAAAAUAUUAUAAUGAUGCCACAAGAUGCCGUUUAAAUACAGGGCCUUCCAUAAUAAAACGAUUUUUAAUAUGUAAUUUUUAUAAAUUUAAGUAUUAAUUGUUGCAAAGUAAAGCUUACAUUUUCUUAGAUAAUUUUCUUGUAAUAUAUAAAUUCAAACCAAAAUUGAAAUUUAUUUAAAAUUAUUAUUAGUUUAUAUUAUUAUAUUUUUUUAACUUAAUUUUAAACCUGCAAGUAACUUCAAACUUGUUUUUGAAAAUAAUUUAAUAAUAUUUUCCAAAACGUUGGCGUUUCAAAGUGCUAUUUCUAAAAAAGGCAAUUAUAUUUUUGUCUUUUUAAUAUACUAACUAAAUUGUAACAGCAGACUAAGGGCAAAGCCUUCACUAAAUAAAAUAAAUAGCAAAAGCUCACAUUAGUAACAGCAAACUAAGUGCUAAGCUUUCACUUAUUAAAAUAAAUAGCAGAAGCUCUCAUACGUAGAUUAUACAACAAUUUUUAGAACAUUUCAAGUUUCGCAAAAUGCGAUGUUAAAGUUACCCAAUAUUAUUUUAUGUUGAAAUUAUAAAAAUUUGAAAAACGCUGUUUCGUUGCUGAGCUUUCAUCGCUAUUAAAAGCUUUCUCAAUUUCUAUUGAUUUAUAUUCCUUUCACCAUAUUUUCCUUUUAUUACAAUUAAAAUUAAUUGGAAAUUGUAAAUGAGGUUAUGUUUCCACCCAAUUAUUUAUGUAAUGCUGAAAACUAUUCUUAAUAAACGUUUUUUUUUGUCAACAAUUCAACACUUCUUGUUUUGCAUAAGCUUCGUUAUAAAUAUUAUAAGAAAAUUAUUUUGUUUUUUUUUCUGAGACGAGGAACUUAAGCAUGCUGACUUUACCAUAACGGUAUAGUUUUUAACUAUAAAACUUUAUAAGUAAAUAUAUAUAAAUGAAAAAUUAAACUGUAAUCGUAAAAAUCACUCCAAACUGCUCCAUGUAAAAAUAUUAUAAACUAUUAAUAUUAAAAUAAAACGCUAAGAAAUCGUUGAACUUGCAUACAUACACAACUUUAGAAAAAAUUAAAUAAAGUAAGGCAUAAUUAAAUAUAUUAAAAAGUACAUUUGUUUGUAACGUUGUUGAUUUUAAGUUAACUAUAUAUUUUGAAAGAACAAACAUCGAAAAUAAAAAUAUUAAUAUUACUUAAAUAUACCUAAAAGCCCCCAAAAGCCCCCAAAGAGGAAAAAUAUUUAUUUUCAAAUUAGUUUUGUUAUAAAAAAACACAGUUCUAUGUAAUUAAGUAGAAAAACUUUAGAGAAACUUAGUCUCAAUUAUUUUUUGGAACAUAAAUCACAUUCGGUCGAACUAACUACGGCACAUACAUACAUAAAUCUAUGUGUAUUAAAUAUGUAUAUGUAUUGAGUAAUCCAAAUCAACUUAGUUAUGUAUGUAAAUAUCUAUUGUAUACUGUAAGUGCAUAAGUGAAGAACCCCAUUAUUUAAUUCGUUUUCUAUAAGACUUGUUAUAGAUUUUAUUAAUAUUUAAUACCUAAAAACAAAACCAAAAACGAAAGUAAAUUGUAUACCAAACUAUGUAUUGUAUGUAUAUUUUAAGCGAGCCAUGCAACUUAAGUAAAGUCCAAACUUGAAGCCAAAAAUCGAAAUAUUUCUAAAAUGCUUAAACUAUACUUAAACUGCAGUCAUACCAAUAAAAAAUCGAAUUGCACCCACACAUACAUAGAAACCGACCUAAAUGUGUAUAUGUGAGUAUGUCCAAAUGGCUACUAUUCACUGUUUAUCCUCAACUUGUAAGAUAACUCAUUGUAGUGAAAUAUUUCCUCUAAAUAAUGUUUAAUUUCAUUAUGUAAUUUUCCAUAUGAAACAAGUUUUUUGUUAAUAAAAUAGAAUUUGUUGAA